AUGCCGCUGGACGAAAAAAGGAAUCCCGACCAAAUCUCUCAAUCUACCCCCUACUCUGGCAACCCAGUCGAUGACCUGGAAAAGCUCGAGAAAUUAGAAAUCCUGCCUCAUAUUUUACAAGAAGGCAUUCUCUUUGCCGGUUCCGGCUCUGCUCUCCUCCUCCAAGCCGCCCACCCGGGCAUAAAACAGCGCAUCAACUAUGGUCAUUAUGGGAGCGGCCAGAAUCUGGCCACGGAGCUGGGUAACGCCCUCCAGGCCGUGCUCAGCUACGUCGCAUGUCUUGUGUUCGGCACACGCCAGGAGAAAAAGACCCUGUUGGACCUCAUUCAUCGCGAUCAACCGCCCUUCCGUACCAGCGAGGCCUACACUUCGCAUCCGCCGACGCAGCUCUGGGUAGCCGCUACGUUGUAUGCGACCGCCACCGACUUCUACCAGCGAAUCUACGGACGCGUCAACUAUCAAACGGCUGAGAAGACUUACGGCGAAUUCACAAUUCUCAUGCAGUCUCUGGGAAUGCCCACGGGUAGCUGGCCGCCUACGCGCCAGGCCUUCUGGACCUACUGGGAUGAUCAGAUCGAGCAGUUGACCGUCACGCCGGAUGCGCAUCGCUUCGCUCAGGAUCUGUUAGAUCGUACGGAUUAUCCUCGCUGGGUGGCUAUGUUGAAGCCGUUGUUGCGCGUCGCAACUAUCGAGAUGCUGCCGCCGCGGAUCAGAGAGGCUUACGGUCUCAAGUCGACCCUGUCUACCCGGGCGUUGUAUCGGACUGGGAUGGGGUUCUCCGUCGCUGUUUAUCCGGCGUUGCCGAAGUCGACGCGAUCAUACGCAUUGAGGUAUUAUUUGGAAGACUUACGGAAACAUUUGAAUGUUGUUUAA